GGAGAAGAACGCGGUUUGCUAAUGCUAAGCUAGCGCGUUAGCUAGCGUGAUGUAGCCGUAUGAUUUCGGAGCUAAUUUUAAGCUAAUGCUUUGGCUGGAUCAGUUUAAGCCGACUAGUGUCGUCGUAGUUUUGUUUGUUCGAUGUAGCCGUGUGAUUUCGGAGCCAAUGUUGAGCUAAUUUAGCUAAAGAUGUGGAGAAAAGGCUCCUCUGAAGGAUCCGACCGCUUUGAAUAUUUACAGACUUUGGUCACCGAGUUUCAGGACACCGACAGUGAAGAGGCAAAGGAGCAGGUGCUCGCUAACCUGGCAAACUUCGCAUACGACCCAAACAACAUGGAGUAUCUGAGGGAGCUGCAGGUGACCGACCUCUUCCUCGACAUGCUCACUGAGGAGAACGACAACUUUGUGGAGUUUGGGAUGGGCGGCCUGUGUAACCUGAGCAUGGACCCCGAGUGCCGACACAUCAUCCUGCAGAGCGGCGGGGUCCGCCUGGUCACAAACUGUCUGUCGAGCGCGAGGGAGGAGACCGUCCUGUCUGCCAUCACCACGCUCAUGAACCUCACGACGCCCUCGUCGCGCUCUGAGAUCACGGACACGGCCAUCCUGCAGUGCAUGCUGCGCUUCUCCCUCUCAGAGAGCCCCCGCCUGCGCAACCUGGCCGCCGUGUUUCUGCAGGACUGCUGCAGCGAGGAGCAGGUGUCCCGCGCGCAGCAGCAGAUGCAGGGACAGCAGACUGCAGUCGGCAUCCCGCUGCCCAAAGACUAACUCACAGCCGAGGUAUUCAUCAGCGAGGCUUAUUUUGGAUAGAACUGCUUAAGUUUGCUCUCUAUGAGAGAAUGAUAUGACUUUCUAAAAGUGUGUGGGCAGCCUCACUCCUCUGUUUCACUCUGUCCACCAUAAGAGCAGCAGUGAGGUUCAGCACUGAUUUUGGGUGAUCAAGUCACAGCUGGGAAAAAUAUUUCUUCAUGGUGCUGGUUUUGUGCACGGGUGUAUUUUCAUGUUGAAGCAGGAAAGAGACACAAACAGCGAGAGAUGCACGAUAACGUCUUUUUAAUUUCUUUCUUAUUGAGUCACUCGCAGCCCUC